ACUACAUUUCCCAGCGGCCCCCGCGAGCGGCGCAUGCGCAGUAGCCCAUCCCGGCGGCGAGCGGAAGGUGAUGGCGGAGGCUUCUGCGCCAGUGAAGAGACGCUGCUGAGGGGGCGCGAGGGUCCGAGGUUCAGGCCGCGGAGGAGCCAGUGGCAGCCAUGGCAGGCAGCAGCGGGGACAGCGUCACACGGCGUAGUGUGGCCUCACAGUUUUUCACCCAAGAGGAGGGCACAGGCGUCGAUGGCAUGAGCACCUCCGAGCGAGUGGUGGAUCUCCUGAACCAGGCAGCGCUGAUCACCAAUGAUAGUAAGAUCACAACGCUCAAGCAGGUCCAGGAAUUGAUCAUCAACAAAGACCCCACCUUGUUGGACAACUUCCUGGAUGAAAUCAUCGCAUUCCAAGCCGACAAGUCCAUCGAAGUGCGCAAGUUUGUCAUCGGCUUCAUUGAAGAGGCCUGUAAGCGGGACAUCGAGCUGCUGCUAAAGCUGAUCGCGAACCUGAACAUGCUGCUGCGGGACGAGAACGUGAACGUGGUGAAGAAGGCCAUCCUGACCAUGACGCAGCUUUACCGGGUGGCGCUGCAGUGGAUGGUGAAGUCGCGUGUCAUUAGCGAGCUCCAGGAGGCCUGCUGGGACAUGGUGUCAUCCAUGGCAGGGGACAUCAUCCUGCUGCUGGACUCGGACAAUGACGGCAUCCGCACACACGCCAUCAAGUUUGUGGAGGGCCUUAUCGUCACCCUGUCGCCACGCAUGGCCGACUCCGAGGUGCCCCGGCGCCAGGAGCACGACAUCAGCCUGGACCGCAUCCCCCGUGACCACCCCUACAUCCAGUACAAUGUGCUAUGGGAAGAAGGCAAGGCCGCCCUGGAGCAGCUGCUCAAGUUCAUGGUGCACCCAGCCAUUUCCUCCAUCAACCUGACCACCGCGCUGGGCUCCCUGGCCAGCAUCGCCCGCCAGAGGCCCAUGUUCAUGUCAGAGGUCAUCCAGGCCUACGAAACCCUGCACGCUAACCUGCCCCCUACGCUGGGCAAGUCGCAGGUGAGCAGCGUUCGAAAGAACCUCAAGCUGCACCUGCUGAGUGUCCUAAAGCACCCGGCCUCCUUGGAGUUCCAGGCCCAGAUCACCACCCUGCUGGUGGACCUGGGCACCCCGCAGGCCGAGAUCGCCCGCAACAUGCCCACUGGCAAGGAUGCCCGCAAGCGUCCCCGGGACGACUCGGAUCCUACACUCAAGAAGAUGAAGUUAGAGCCCAACCUGGGAGAGGAUGAUGAGGACAAAGACCUGGAGCCAGGCCCGUCGGGGACCUCAAAGGCCUCAGCCCAGCUCUCAGGCCAGUCAGACACGGACAUCACUGCUGAGUUCCUGCAGCCUCUGCUCACGCCCGAUAACGUGGCUAACCUGGUGCUCAUCAGCAUGGUGUACCUGCCUGAGACCAUGCCUGCAUCCUUCCAAGCCAUCUACACCCCCGUGGAGUCGGCGGGCACUGAGGCCCAGAUCAAACAUUUGGCCCGGCUCAUGGCUACCCAGAUGACGGCCGCCGGCCUGGGCCCAGGUGUGGAGCAGACCAAACAGUGCAAAGAGGAGCCCAAGGAGGAGAAGGUGACAAAGCCCGAGAGCGUGCUCAUCAAACGGCGCCUGUCGGCUCAGGGCCAGGCCAUCUCGGUGGUGGGCUCGCUGAGCGCCAUGACCGCCCUGGAGGAGGAGGCCCCCCAAAUCAAGAGGAGGCCGGAGCCCAUAAUCCCAGUCACGCAGCCCCGACUGGCAGGUGCUGGUGGGCGCAAGAAAAUCUUCCGUUUGAGCGACGUGCUGAAGCCGCUGACAGACGCGCAGGUCGAGGCCAUGAAACUGGGGGCUGUGAAGCGCAUCCUGAGGGCUGAGAAGGCCGUGGCUUGCAGUGGGGCAGCCCAGGUGCGCAUAAAGAUCCUGGCCAGCCUGGUGACGCAGUUCGAUGCCAGUCUGAAGGCGGAGGUCCUGUCCUUUAUCCUGGAGGAUGUGCGUGCCCGGCUGGACCUGGCCUUCGCCUGGCUCUACCAGGAGUACAAUGCUUACCUGGCCGCGGGCACCGCGGGCUCCCUGGACAAGUACGAGGACUGCCUCAUUCGCUUGCUCUCUGGGCUACAGGAGAAGCCCGAUCAGAAGGACGGAGUCUUCACCAAGGUGGUGCUGGAGGCGCCAUUGAUCACUGAGAGCGCCCUGGAGGUGAUCCGCAAGUAUUGCGAGGAUGAGAGCCGCACCUACCUGGGCAUGUCCACUCUCCGAGACCUGAUCUUCAAGCGCCCAUCCCGCCAGUUCCAGUACCUGCACGUCCUGCUGGACCUCAGCUCCCACGAGAAAGACAAGGUGCGCUCCCAGGCGCUGCUCUUCAUUAAGCGCAUGUACGAGAAGGAGCAGCUGCGAGAGUACGUAGAGAAGUUCGCGCUCAACUACCUGCAGCUGCUGGUGCACCCCAACCCACCCUCAGUGCUCUUUGGUGCCGACAAGGACACAGAGGUGGCGGCACCCUGGACGGAGGAGACGGUGAAGCAGUGUCUCUACCUCUACCUGGCACUCUUGCCCCAGAACCACAAGCUGAUUCACGAGCUGGCGGCCGUCUACACUGAGGCCAUCGCCGACAUCAAGCGCACGGUGCUGCGGGUCAUUGAGCAGCCAAUCCGGGGCAUGGGCAUGAAUUCGCCGGAGCUGCUGCUGCUGGUGGAAAACUGCCCCAAGGGCGCCGAGACGCUGGUUACGCGUUGCCUGCACAGCCUCACGGACAAAGUGCCACCCUCCCCAGAGCUGGUGAAGCGGGUGCGUGACCUGUACCACAAGCGGCUGCCUGACGUUCGCUUCCUUAUCCCCGUACUCAAUGGGCUGGAGAAGAAAGAGGUGAUCCAGGCCCUACCAAAACUCAUCAAGCUCAACCCCAUCGUGGUGAAGGAGGUUUUCAACCGGCUGCUUGGCACCCAGCACGGUGAAGGGAACUCGGCCUUGUCCCCGCUGAACCCCGGGGAGCUGCUGAUCGCCUUACACAACAUCGACUCGGCCAAGUGCGACAUGAAGUCCAUUAUCAAAGCCACCAACCUGUGCUUCGCCGAGCGCAACGUGUACACGUCGGAGGUGCUGGCCGUAGUGAUGCAGCAGCUGAUGGAGCAGAGCCCACUCCCCAUGCUGCUCAUGCGCACUGUCAUCCAGUCCCUCACCAUGUACCCGCGCCUGGGCGGCUUCGUCAUGAACAUCCUGGCGCGCCUCAUCAUGAAGCAGGUGUGGAAGUACCCCAAGGUCUGGGAGGGCUUCAUCAAGUGCUGCCAGCGCACCAAGCCGCAGAGCUUCCAGGUCAUCCUGCAGCUGCCGCCACAGCAGCUGGCUGCCGUCUUCGAUAAGUGCCCGGAGCUGCGCGAGCCGCUGCUGGCCCACGUCCGCUCCUUCACCCCGCACCAGCAAGCCCACAUCCCCAACUCCAUCAUGGCCAUCCUGGAGGCCAGCGGCAAGCAGGAGCCCGAGGCCAAGGAGGCACCCGUGGGGCCCCUGGAAGAGGACGACCUGGAGCCCCCGGCCCCGCCGCCCCGACCCCCGCAGGACCUCAUGGGCCUGCGGCUGGCCCAGGAGAAGGCCUUGAAGCGGCAGCUGGAGGAGGAGCAGAAGCUGAAGCCCGGGAGCAGCGCGGGAGCGGGAGCGGGGCCUUCCGCCGCCUCCACCUCCACCUCCACCCCCGCAGCCCGGCCGGGCCCGCCGCAGCCGCCCGAGGAAGCCUUGGAUUUCCGUGAGGAGGGCCCCGAGUGCGAGACCCCGGGCAUCUUCAUCAGCGUGGACGACGACUCGGGGCUCACCGAGGCCGCCCUGCUGGACUCGAGUCUCGAGGGGCCGCUCCCCAAGGAGGCAGCAGCGAGCAGCCUGGCCUCCAAGGAGGAGCGGAGCCCCCAGACGCUCACGCCCGCGGCGGAGGACCCCGCCAAGACCCCCAGCCCCGCUGCCACCACUGCUGCUGCGGAGGAGGCGGCCUCGGCCGCGGGGGACCCGGAGGCCAAAGCCAGCAGUUGACAGGCGGGCGGGGGCGGGGCGGGUGGGUGGGCGGGGCUUCGGCUGAAGUUAUUAAAA